AUGCCGCCUGAAGCCCCCCAAUCAUUCAACCGCGGGGGAGACAUCUUGCUAUGGCCCCAUCCAACUCCUCCAACUCCCCCGACAACCGACAAUACUGGCGAAAAAGCCAUUCUGAGCCAGCUGGUUUCAAAGGGCGAGACAAAAGACAAGGAAGAUCAUCCUUCAAGUACUGAUAAGAUCGAGCCGGCAAAACCGAGCGAAGAUGCGGCGACUGCUCAGUCCCGUGGCCAGCCAAGCAAACCUAAGCCAGCGGAUGGACCUACGGAGUCGAAGGCAGUCCUAAGUCAACAUGUCGCUCAUCUACAGCAUAAGACUCUCGGAAAGCAGCUUUUCGAUAGAGAGAAACAGAUGGGUCGCUUCGGAGUCCGAGCCCAACAGGCAGUGCUGGACCAUACUUUCACACACAUGCGGAUCGAAGAGCUUGAAAAGCAAGUCAAAGACUUAAGAGCCUUUAUCAACGGCGCUGAUACCGUGUGGGAGCCACCGACCCCAGACGAGAUGUAUCCAGUCCACCGCCAUCAACUCCUGAGAGUGCCCUUCGACCAGUUUCGUCUUACGAAAAACAAUGUCGCAUUGCCCACGAACGAGAAAGCAGCUCUUGAGGUUCAAAUUUCCGAGAACGUUUCCUCAGCGGGUGUGGAAUAUUCAUCUUCCCCUGAGCGGCUGCGCAUCCGAUCUCGCGCUCUUCUUUCGCACCUCGAUAAGCUGGUCGGAGCUUCUCUGAUGAUUCAGACGUCGCCCCCACAAGUCGUGGGAAAUAUUGAGGUUUACAACAGUAUUGUUUUCCUGCGUCCAUUCAAAUUCUUCGUGGGGCACAUAGAUGAUAUCAAGGGCAGCGUCCAAGCCGUGAAAUCAGCUGCAGAAGCUGAGGAAGCAAAGAAGGCUAUACCAUCCCAGGUCCUUGAACAGCUCCCUAAACGGCAUAAAGGGAAGAAGUUGCAGCAGAUGUACUUAUACAAGGAUCUCCUACCAGAUCUGGAGUGUCUAGUCGAAUUUCUCGACACGGAUCUCAAGCCCACGAUGCUCCUGCGACAGCAGAUUGCAGACGGAACAGCAACAGAUAUUGAAUACGCCGAUCUCUGGCAUCUUUUCAAACGAGGGGACUUUGUUGUUCCCCAAGAAGAGCAACAUCAUGCUUAUCGGGUUUUCAGCAUGGCUGGUGGCAGAGAACCCCUGAGCUAUCGCAAAUUCGGCAAUGAGGAAAAGCCAAUCCGUGUCGAUGGAUUUGUGUUGGACUGCAUUAGCAUGGCUAGCAAUGGGCAUAUGUACGUGCCGAAGAUCAAGAGAAUGUCCAUCAAGAAGUUUUUCGGAAGGAAGCCAAUCACCUCACUGCCGGUUCAUCCCAUGAGAUUCGACAAGAACUAUGACACGCUACGAAAGACGUUCGUCGAUGGGGGUAAACGACUCAGCGAUGUGGAGUUCUCCAACAGCUUCGACGACCUGGUUCUGCCCGACAAUCACAGCAAAACAGUGCGUGCGCUGGUCGACACCCAUGAAUCCCUGCGAGCAACGCGGUUCUCGGAGUCUCGCACUAGUAAUCCCCUCAGUAUAGGAUCUUGCCUGGACCUCGUCAAGGGAAAAGGAGCUGGACUCGUGAUUCUACUCCACGGACCACCUGGUGUCGGCAAAACCUCAACCGCCGAGUGCGUCGCGGAUGAUACGAAGCGCCCUCUCUUCCCAAUCACCUGCGGUGACAUCGGCGAGACAGCUCUCGAAGUGGAGAAGAACUUGCAGUACAACUUUCAGUUGGCUCACAAAUGGGGCUGCGUGCUUCUCCUCGAUGAAGCCGACGUAUUCUUGGCCAAGCGAACGAGAAGCGACCUGCGCCACAACGCUGUUACAAGUGUCUUUCUCCGGACCCUCGAAUACUACGCUGGCAUCUUGUUUCUCACGACAAACCGCGUGGGGACGAUGGAUCCCGCAUUCAAAUCUCGCAUCCAGGUGUCACUAUUUUAUCCCAAGCUGAAUCUCAAGGUCACCAAGGAACUCUACCGAAAGUUCAUCAAACGCGCCAAGGAUGAGCAAAGAUCUAGAGGUCACGUUGAAUUCGAGAUCAAGAAAUCUGAAAUCAUGGACUUUGCCAAAGAGCAUUUCAGAGAUCUCGAGAAGAACGGCCGCGAUACAUGGAAUGGCAGGCAAAUCCGAAAUGCCUUUCAGACAGCCAUUGCUUUAGCCGAACACAAGGCCAAGAAACGAAUCGACGGAGAACCGGUGCCUAUCCUCGGUGAAGAGCAAUUCAAGAUUGUGGCGGAAGGGUACGCGAAGUUCGACGAGUACCUCGUUAGUGCGAUGGGUGCUUCCGAGGCCGAAUGGGCUAAUAGGGAUCGUUGGAGAGCCGACCCUUACACUACCAUACCUGCAUACACACAGAUGCCGCCUCAAGUAGUUCCUCUGACUACCGAGCAGCGUCCGGCCUAUGUUCGUUCAUCUGCUAGAAAGGUGCCUGCCUCUGGCCAAGAUAGUAGUACCGAAGAGUCGGAAUCGGAGACGGAUAGUGAAGAUGACGAGAGUGAUCAAAGACGUGGUAACACGAAGGGCCGACGCGGCAAGGGGACGGGAUUCAGUCCAAAUCUAACGCAUUCACGGCCCCCCGGCCUUUCGGAUGGAGAAUGGGAGGCAUACCAGAAGGUAUGUGGGAUGUACAAGUUGAAAUAG